UCCAUAACAAAAGCGGCCCACACGACCAUGCCGGCUCGAACAGCAACAGCAGCCGCAGGAGCAAACGGGGCUGCACAGCAGGCCAACGGCCAUGCUGGCAAAUCAAAACUCUCCCGCAGCGCGCUCAAGCGCCAGAAGGCGAAACAGAAGGCAAAGGCUGGAGCCGACUCUGCAAGCGUCACGGCCUCGGAGAGCGAAGCAGAGAGCGAUGCCGAGUCCGUCGUGUCGACGAUGACGGUCGAGUCGUUCCUCCACGUCGCGACGCCGGAUCCCUCAGACGCCAACUUUUCCCAGUUUGCGAAUGUGUUCAAGCACUUCAACGAGGUCGGCGAGGAUGGCUUGAUCAAGGUCGACGACGGCCCCGCCAAGGGCCAGGUCUACUACUCGGACGACGACGAGGACGACGAGGAGACGAUCGAGGCGCGGAAACAACGGGCGCUCGCCGAGGAGGGCUUGACGCGUCGCGAGCGGAGGAGGGCUGCCAAGUUGACAGUCUCGGAGCUCAAGCAGCUUGUGGACCGACCAGAGGUUGUUGAGUGGUUCGACUGUGAUGCGCGUGAUCCCCGCUUGCUCGUGACCCUCAAAUCGUAUCGCAACUCCGUCCCGGUCCCUGCCCACUGGAACGCGAAGCGCGACUACCUUGCUGGAAAGCGUGGUAUGGAGAAGCCCCCGUACCUUCUGCCUCCGUGGAUCGCGGACACUGGUAUUGGAGAGCAGCGCGACGCUGUCAAGUCGAAGGAGGCACACCAGAGCUUGGCACAGAAGACUCGCGAGCGUAUCCAGCCCAAGAUGGGAAAGAUCGAUAUCGACUACCAGAAGCUCCACGACGCCUUCUUCAAGUUCCAGGAGAAGCCACGGAUGAGCAAGUUUGGCGAGGCGUACUACGAGGGCAAGGAGCUGGAGACGGACCUGAGGACAAAGAAGCCUGGAGAGCUUUCAGAGGAGCUGAUUGAGGCCCUGUCCAUCCCUCCUCUCGCCCCUCCACCAUGGCUUAUCGCCAUGCAGCGAUUCGGCCCGCCGCCCAGCUACCCGAAUCUGCGCAUUCGCGGAUUGAACGCGCCCAUCCCGGCCGGCGCUCAGUGGGGCUUCCACCCAGGCGGUUGGGGCAAGCCGCCCAUGGACGAGUUCAACCGACCACUGUACGGCGACGUCUUUGGUGUUGUUCAGGGUGCCGAGAUUGCCAACCAGAACCACAUCGACCGCACCCGCUGGGGAGAGAUCGAGAUCAUGGAGGCAGAGGAGUCGGAAGAGGAGGAAGAGGAGGAAGAGGAGGAAGAAGAGGAAGAGGAGGACGAGGAGCCCGUGCGCCAGCGCGACGUUCCUGCUGACGGACUGGAGACGCCCUCGGGACUGGCCACGCCAAGCGGCUACAACUCGGUCACCUCGACAGUACCCGGUGGGCUGGAGACGCCCGACUUUAUCGAGCUGCGCAAGCGCACGCAGCGCGAGGACACGGACGACAGGCCCUCGGGCCCGCGCGAGCUCUACACCGUUAUCCCGGAGCGCGAGACUGCGGUCAGGGGAUUCAUGGGUUCGUCUACGGGAUACGACCUGUCUGGUGCGGGGCCCGUGCUUGGCGCCGACGACCGCGGCACCAAGCGCAAGGCGGGCGACGUCGAGAUCUCGCUCGAUGGCGACGAGGACCUCUCGCAGGCCGAGCUCAAGGCUCGGUACAAGGCUGCGAGCGCCGAGCAGAACCGGGUCCAUGUGCCCGGUGCACAUGUUGACCGGUCUGGCUUUGACGACGUCAUUUCGAGCGAGAGCAAGAAGCGAACCAAGAAGGACGACCGCAAGGGCAAGGAGAAGGCGGAGAAGUUCAAGUUUUAGUGUGGGAGUCGAGGUGGUGGUGAUGGUAGUGGCGGCGCGUGGCGUGCUAUCUUGCGAGUGAAGCGAGGGAUAUAGCAGCAGCAAUGGCAUGG